AUGUCCCUCACCGACAAACACAAAGUCAAGAGACAGCGGCUGGACCGAAUUUGUGAAGGUAUCCGGCCCCAAAUCAUGAACGGGCCCAUGCACCCGCGCCCUCUAGUGGCGUUACUGGACGGGCGCGACUGUACGGUGGAGAUGCCCAUUCUCAAAGACCUCGCUACAGUCGCCUUCUGCGACGCGCAGUCCACGCAGGAGAUUCACGAGAAGGUGCUGAACGAGGCGGUGGGGGCCAUGAUGUACCACACCAUCACCCUGACUAGGGAGGACCUGGAGAAGUUCAAAGCGUUACGCAUUAUUAUACGCAUCGGCAGCGGAUACGACAACAUCGACAUUAAAGCUGCUGGGGAGCUAGGCAUCGCGGUGUGCAACAUCCCUUCGGCGGCGGUGGAGGAGACGGCCGACUCUACGCUGUGCCACGUGCUUAACCUGUACCGACGGAACACGUGGCUCUACCAGGCCCUCCGGGAAGGCACGCGGGUCCAGAGCGUUGAGCAGAUCCGCGAGGUGGCGUCUGGCGCCGCCCGCAUCCGGGGCGAGACCCUGGGCCUCAUCGGAUUCGGUCGGUCGGGGCAGGCGGUGGCGGUGCGCGCCAAGGUGUUCGGCUUCAACGUGCUGUUCUACGACCCGUACCUGCAGGACGGGCUGGAGCGCUCACUGGGCGUGCAGCGCGUAUACACACUGCAGGAUCUCCUGUAUCAAAGCGACUGCGUCUCCCUGCACUGCAAUCUCAACGAGCACAACCACCACCUCAUCAACGACUUCACCAUCAAACAGAUGCGUCAGGGGGCGUUCCUGGUAAACACGGCUCGAGGCGGCCUGGUGGACGAGAAGGCCCUGGCCCAAGCCCUGAAGGAGGGACGGAUACGGGGGGCCGCUUUGGACGUCCACGAGACUGAGCCCUUCAGUUUUGCUCAAGGCCCCUUGAAAGACGCCCCCAACCUGAUCUGCACGCCUCACACGGCCUGGUACAGUGAGCAAGCGUCUUUGGAGAUGCGGGAAGCCGCCGCCACCGAGAUACGACGAGCCAUCACGGGUCGCAUCCCGGACAGCCUAAGAAACUGCGUCAACAAGGAGUUCUUUGUCACCACGGCACCCUGGGCCGUCAUGGACCAACCCGCUGUUCACCCAGAACUCAAUGGCGCUGCCUACAGAUACCCGCCAGGCGUGGUGGGCGUGGCUCCCGGCGGCCUCCCCGGUGCGUUGGAAGGCAUGGUGCCCGGCGGGGUCCCCGUCGCCCACACCCUGCCCUCCGGUACCCACCCCUCGCAGGCCCCGUCGCCCAACCAGCCAUCCAAACACGGCGAGCCCAGAGAGCACCUCACCGAGCAAUAG